GAUGAGACAGACAAAGUAGAAGAGUAGACAAGAGUGUGGGAGCACAAGUUUGUGCAGGUGACAACCAGGCUCAAUGUUGCUCAUCUUACCUACAAUGGGAUGUGGUCGUAGUAAGCAGCACUCUCCCAAACUAUGUGAUGAGGAGAGAGAACAUAACUACAGCAAAGAGAAACAUAACAACAAGAAAAAGAAAUCUAAAGGUGAGAAUAAGGAGAAUAAGGAAAACAAGGAGACUGGCGGACAACAGAAGACAAAGUCUAAGAUGUCACCUGUAAAAACCAUAGUUAAUUCAUUAAAACCACCACCACCUAAUCUCAAUGGAUCUCCCAAGCAGACUACCCUUCACUUAGAUAUUGAGUAUCCAGCAUAUAAACAAAAAGAAAUGGAUAGGUUAGCUGUUCCACCUAAUAAAGAAGUAAAAGAAUUUCGAGGGAAACAAAACAUCAGGGUGACCCAUAGUCAGAUAGCCUUUUUUGAAAUGCUUGACAAGAAGAUUGAGCAGGGUGAUGACUACCACUCAGAACACAGUAUAGAAAUUACCACUCCAGAUGAUAGCUAGACCAUCAUUACAACCACUCUGUGAUCCUACAUCAUCAUCAUCUUCAUCAUUGUUAGUCAUUCAUGUUCCUAUAUUCAUCAUCACCUAUGAAGAUAUCUAUAUAUAAAGUGAAAGUGAAACUAACAAAUAUCUUUGUGAUAAAUACUAAAGGUCUUGAUAAAGACAUUACUCUAAGUGACGCAAUAUUAACAUAUAUCUAUAUGUAGUGAUAGUCCAAUGAAGCAUUCAGGACGGAAAUGGUGUGUGUAAUAUUGUGGCUGUGAAGCUUUAUCUUUUUGUAAAGCUGAAAGAAGUAAAAAGCAUAUGAGACUGUUUUUUGAGUUUUAGAAUAUUUUAGUUAAGGAAGGAUAUUGUUAUGAAAGGUAUUAUAUAAUUUAGCCUAAAGUAAAGAAAAAAGUCAAAAAAUGAGACCUGCAGUCAAAGUGACUACAGUGUGGUGAAAAUCAUAAAAUGAGACCUGCAGUCAAGGUCAUUUUCUAUUGUGCUGAAAUUCGUAAAAUGAGAAAUGCUAUGUGGAGAGAUUCAUAACAUGGAGACCUGCAGUUAAGAUAAUGAUAUCUUGCAGCGGCAUUAUAAACUGAGAUCUGCAGUGAAGGUGUCAUAGUGGUGAAAAUGAGGUCAGCAGUCAAGAUUAAGUAUUGUUAAAGUGAGAUACUGCCGUUGCCAACAUUGACUUACACUCAACAUUGACUUCACUCAUCUGGAAUAUUGUAAUCUGUGCAAAUUUUUUUAACAAACAAUCCAGUGUUGGUUCUAAAUCUGUUGUUUUGUUAUUUUUUAUAGAUGCAAAUUUUUACAAUAAUGUUUUUGAAGACAUUAUGAAACUUGAGAGGUUGUGAUUGUAAAGAUCAUAACUCUCAUUCCUAACUCAUCUGAAGAUAAAACUGCUCUGAGAUGAGGAGCUUUUAUAAUUACCUGAUGUCUGUACCACUGAUCCCAACGCUAGAUAUAAAGAAAAUUUCUUCUCUAACUACUAGAUAAAAUACUGGACCAAACUCCACAAGAACGAUUCUUGGAAAGUUCCCUUUUGCAAAAGUUUUUAAGUAGCUUACAGGAGUUAUUUGAAUGAUGCCAAUAGGGUGAAAAAUGGCUGCAGAGGUGCUUUAUCAUAUUGUGUUCUCCAGGAAGUGCAAGACCAUUGAGCUAAGAUAUCAGCGUAGUAGAAGCGUAGUUGCCCUCAACAGCAAGUCAUCUUAGACAUCUUAACAUUUAUUGAUAAGACAUCUUAACAUUUAUUGAUAUGUUUGACAUUGAAGAAAUCUCACUGUAUCUUAAGAUUGUUUUAAAUCAAAAUUCAAACUGUAUACCUGAAAAGUAGAACAUUUUAACAUUUAUUUAGAAAACAAGUUUCAACAAUGUUUCAUUAUAAUUGUAUGGAUUAAGUUUGAGACUUUAGAAGCUCUCUCUGAGUUUAGAAGAUUACAGGGUAUACAUUGAAACAUGUCUAUAGACACAAUAUAUUUCUCUGACACAAUAAUAUCAGUUUACACAAUUAUGUUCUUCAACUUCUUUGAGUACUUCUCUGAAUAUUUGCAUAAGAAUGAAACCAUAAAGGUUUUGUAUGUUGGUUCUUUGUUAAUAUAUGUAUCAUAUCAAUACAAAAAAAACUCUGCUACAAAAUGAUCCUUAAUGUAGCCUGUGCGUGUGUUUCUAAAUGUGCAAGUUUGUGUGCAUUUUAAAAUGAAUAUUUGUUUAAGUGAAUAUUAAAUUAUGCUUGACAGCGUUUUGAUUAUUAUUGCUGUUUACAGCUUUGUUUUACUUUUUUCAUUAACAAAGAUUCAUUUAUAAGAUAUAAAUCGAUUUUUACUAACCUAUUUAUAUGUUACCUGAGCACACAGUGACUACAAGGUUUAACUUUUCAGUGUGCAGCAUCCACUUAACACACCUGAGCACAUUAUUUAAUUGAUCUUUAUCAGACUUUGUCAAAAUGGUUGUGCCAUUGAAAUCAUGAAAGAGUCGAUUAUCGGUCAUGAUUGUUAAAGAAAACAACAACAGGUCACUCAUUACAUCAAAUAAAAGACUUGAUUACUCAUAUGAAAAUCUGGUUAACUCUGGUGGAACUUUGUUUGUUUGGUAGAUUUUACAGCACACUAACACAAUUUAGGUCAGAGUGGAACACUGUACUCAAUUCUUAAUUAAACUUGCUCAGAAUUUCUGCCUAAAUGAUAUUUUUAAGAUCAAGGUAGAAGAAUAUGGAUCUUGACUCUAGAGUCCACAUGUUUUAACAAUUCUUCAUUUAAUUUGCUCUCAAUAGCUAUCUUGAUGAUUUAUGGUCAAUUCUGAAGAUGGGUAGAAAAACGAAUAGGUCAACAGGUUAAGUUAUAAAUUUGUCAAACUUUGUCAAAUUAUUUGGUAUUACUUUAUGUUUGAUUGUGGAACAUAAGUGGUUAGUUGGCUAACAAUGUAUAUGAAUAAUCUGUUCUUGGUCUAUUCAAAUUUCAAUUAAUAUGUACUAUGUACUAUAUACAUGUAUAAAAAGAAUUUUUAUAGUGUAUAUAGAGGAGACAUAUGUGACAGUUCCAAUGAACAACAUAUUACUAGUACUUCAGUUAAACUGGUGUAUUUGUAAUGUAUACAUGUACAUAAAACAAAAGUAAAGAAAUAUAUAAGUUACAAAUUUGAUGUCACAUGUAAGCUGAUGUAUGUGUUUAUCUUUAAGCUGACAUAUGUAUGCUCUGAAUUAAUUUGUCAUUUUUUUUUCUUCUCACCUUUCGUGUAAAAAAUAUAUAUCAUAUUCUUAAUUAAAUUCAUAGCUGGAAGGAAACUAAAUUUAUACAUGUAUGGUAUACUGGUCCUUCAAAAUUAACCUAUACAUUUGUCAUUUCUUGACAGCAUUAUAAAUUACUAAGAAGAAUUUAAAUGUUAACAGGCAUGAAACAAUUAACAUGGACACUUUUAAUACAUGUAGACCAAGAUCUAUAGCUUAAAAGGUCAAGGCUACAAAUAGGGGUCAAAGGCCCAAAAUGGAGUCAUUUUUGUGUCCAGUCCAUUAUUUGUCACUUAUAGAUUUAAACAUUUUAAGUUUAUCAUAAUACAGAGAGAUUUAAGGCCUAAAAUAAGUUGUUGUUUUUUUCUCUCUCUUUUUUCAUGUCUGGCCUAUAAUUUUGCCAUUCAUUCAUACACUUUUAAAGAAGUUGGCGGAAAUGUGAUGAGACCAUGUCAUGAACAGAAGACCCAGAUCAACAGCACAGAGGUCAAGGUCACACAUUAAUAUUAAUGGACUAAAUUUUAGUCUUAUUUUGGUAUCUUGUCUAUUAACUAGGACAUUUCUAAGUGAAUUUGGCACAAAUGUUCACUAUGUAGAAUCUAAAAUUUUAUUGCUAAGGGCACCUUUAAUAAAACAUCUUUCAUUUGUUAUUAUUCUGUACUAGAGGUAGAUUUGCACAUUUAAAGCAUAGGACCAAUAAAAAUUAUGAAAUUUUAUUUUGCUUGCAAUUACACUUGUUCAUGUAUCAUAUUCUUGACUUAUUUAGAUACCCGGUGUUUAUCAUUAUAAUUCCAACACACAAUUAUAUUUCUGAGACUUUAGGAUUGACCAUUUUGUUGAAGUCUGAACAUCAGUGUCAUAAGUGCUUGGAUUCUUCACAAUUUAACCAUUUUCUGAUCUUUUUGUAACAUUUUAAAGAGAUCACUAAAUUUUAUGCCUUUGUUAUUUUUUUAUGGGAGCUUUGUUGAUAAAAUUUAAUAAUGCAUUUUAAAACUUUGUACUUAAUAAUGUGCUGGACAAUCAUUUUGUAGGUCAGUACAAUAAUAUAUAAGCUGUUAUAUUUGUUAUAAUAUUUUAAAGGGAAGAUAUUUCAUCAGAGCAAAAGUCAAUAAUGUGAGAUAUCUUGGGAUAUCUGUAAAUUCUUAUUCUGAGUUGAUAAAGAAAACUACAAGUGUUGAGAAUUGUAAUUAUGUAGUAAUAUAUGCAUGUCACAUCUUUUAUCUUUUAUGAUUAUCCAUCUACACAGAACAAAUAGUUUCAACAGUACAGCAAUUUUAGUUCAUACAACUCGCAUUAUGAUAGAGUAAUUUGACACAACAUGAGUGACAUCAGCAACAUCAGAUUACAGAUUUUCAAAAAACUUGCUACUGGUUUGUGGGCAUUUGUCCACUACUAAUAUUAAGAUAUCAUCUUACCAUACCUUGUUGUUUUAAAUUUCAAUGAUGUAAAAGUUGUAGAAUUAAUAAUUUUGCAUUCCUUCUCAUACUUGUUAUGAAUAUAUUACAAUAGAUUCAGCUGCAGCAUUUAUGUAAUUGCUCAUGAAUAGUGUUCGUCAUUUUUACAUAAACAACUGUUAUAUACAAAAGUGAUUUAUAAAAUUACAAAUGAUAUAAGUAGUCAAUGGCUCACACUUUUUUACAAGCUCAGUCUUUGUUUUGUAUACUGAUUUAUGAAAUUUGUUUUGUACUAUAGAAAUGAGAUUUAAUCAAUUCAGAAUAUGAAUUAAGUUCUUGUUCCGGAGAAAAGGUGCAUAGUUCAUGAUAAUUUGUUAUAUUAAUAUAUUGAUUUAUAUUGCAAUAUGAGAGUUAAUGGGCAUCACAUUCUUUUUAUACAUGUUGUGUUAUUCAUUUAUAUAUUGAUAUACUGUAUGUGUUAACACAUUUAACCUGCUGAAUUAUGUUUUAUGUUAUUUGCCCUUCUUUGCAUUUAGAACAGUCUGUUCAAAGUUAAAAGGAUUUCAAUAUUAAAAUACAAACAUUGAGCUACCAACAGUAUAGAGCUUGGUCAGACUACAUGGAUGUACAGGCUGGCCUGGCUCUAUACUGUUGGCAUAGGUUAAAAUCACAUUAGAUUUGAACCAAUAAAUGGUUAUAUACAUUAUAUAAUAUAUAUAAAAUGUCAGAUUAUGGUUUAUAUACAUGCCCAAAGAGACUGUCUAAAUGUUAAAUGGCUACAGAGAAACGAUUAAUAAUUUACAAAUAUUAAAACUGCUGAAAUGCUGUAGGUAACAAAGGUAUUUGCAACAUUUUGUAGGUAUAAGUGCUAUCAAUAUUUAUAGGUUUAACACUUGUUCUUGGAAUAUGUUACAAAUCGCUUAUAUAUCUUAUACAUUAGUUACAGUUAUAUAAUAUACAAGAUAUACAUGCAUAUUGCAGCAGAAGACCUAAAUUAAAUUGCUGUACUAUAAAUUUUUCAAUUUUUGUUUGUUGUUAAAAAUCAAUGAUUUCAACACAUAAAUGCAAAUAAUUGUUUUGUACAUUGGUAUUUAUAAACCCUACAACAAUUUCUUUGUUCUGUGAAAUACCUCUGUGUUUCUAUAGAGUGCAAUACAAUAUGUUCUAUUUAUUAUUUAUUGAAGUUGUUUCUUUGUUGUUUGUCAGCUGUUAAAG